AUGGGAUCGUCAGCAUCUAUAGAAGGCAGCCAAUUAGAAAUGAUGAUAACAUUAUCAGAGGAACAUGACAAUUACAACGUCACGAAAGCGUCAUCACACCAAGGUCGUCAACAACAAGACACUAGAUCAAAAAUAUUGCGUAAAGCUCUCCGUAAUAAAAAUAUCUCAGACGGGAUUUUAAGGCGAGAUGGAAUAAAAGAGAGUCCCCCUUUGAGAGUUGAAGUACACGGAAGGAAGGCGGUUGAAGCAAAAAUUUCCGCGCUCGGCUUCGAACCCGGUAUCAUUCGGUUGGAUGAAGGUAACGCAAUAACAUGGGAGUGGAGAGAUAGUGAGGUGCCGUUGAGCGUAGUGGAGGGAUCGUACGAUUUGAAAGAGUGCAAACUUGUGCAGUAUAAAUCUAGGUGA